AUACAAAGGUUUUUCCUUUAUUAUGGUACAUUUUAAAAACAUUUCUUGAACUUGAUAGACUAUUCCAUUUUUUAGAAGAGUAUUGCAGUACAUGUAUGUCCCUCCAAGCCCUUGGCAUAAAGAUGGUGCAGUUGAUAAGUAUGUUAAGGCUGUUGGUAGUUUUGUAUUGUUUGUCUCCCCACAUGACACUAGGAGACAGUGACACCUGUGGGUUGUGUUGUGAUGAUGUGGUGUCACCUCCCAUCGCUUACGCUCUCAUGCAAGGACCAAAAGGUGAUCCCGGCCCACAGGGAGACAAAGGAGAGCCAGGUGAUACAGGUGAUAUUGGGCCACCUGGAGCUUCAGGUGACACAGGCCCACCUGGUCCCCAAGGGGUGAAAGGCAACAAAGGUGAAAAGGGUGACCCCGCCCCAACUCCCGAAAAAGCAGUUUUUUCCGUUGCUCGUAGCAACCCACUCCUGGGACGGAACGAAUCCCACCAACGAAUCACAUUCGACAAGGUGUUUGCGAACUACGCUGAGGACUUUUCCCCGGACGAAGGGUUAUUCCGUUGCCGCGUUGCGGGGAUGUACUACUUCGUGUACACGGUCCAGUCUUAUUUUGAGAAGUUCAUGGGGGUACAGUUGAUGAAGGGGGAGGAGAGUCAGGUGACGUUGUACGCCAAUGCCGUGCCGCGUCGGAUCAUGCAGAGUCAGAGCGUGGUGUUGGAACUGAAGCGGGGGGAGACCGUGUGGCUCAGGCUGCACCGCGGGGAGAGGUUCGCUAUCUACGGUAACAUCGACAGACAGAUCACCUUCAACGGCUUUCUGUUGUACCCAGAAGAAUGAUGUCCUACCUCGCAAAUUGUAUACUAGAGGACACAAUUUAGGUUCUGGUCACAUUCAUAGCAUGAUCAUAGUACGGUCACAAUCUGGGGACAUCCUCGGGAUAGUCUUGCAUAUGCCAUACAAAAUCCAGAUGUAUUGUCAUGGAAAAAGCUAUCUUAGAUCCAUGUUGGCAGUUACGACAUCAAAAUCAUAAGUCACCUACAACAAAUGUAUCGAGUAUCAUGGCAACUGCAGUUCCAAGCCCAUCUGCAAGGGAGCGCUAAUGAGAAGUCAUCUGAGGUACAGU